UGACAGUGAAAUUGAGUUUGGUUUAGUACGCUCUUUUCUGGAAGUCGAAAUAGAAGUUGUUAAACAUAAUGUCAGGGAAUACCGACCAAAGUCUGUUCAACGACGACGAAUUGGUUCCACCAGAUUGGCUGAACUCAGAGUUCAUAGAAGGUGUCCUAAAAUCUGAUGAGAUGGAAACCGUGCUGAAGGUAAUCGAUUUGACCUUUUCCCCGGCAAGUGCCAAGGGAGAUCACUAUGCCAGCAUUAUGUUUCGGGCAAAGGUAAAGUACUACAAUCGGAAGGGGGACUUCGAAAGGUCGCUGAUCAUAAAAACAAUGCCCGAAGCGGAGGGUCACAAGAAGGAGUUGAUCGGAGGAUCGCCUAUUUUCGAAACGGAAACGGGCCUGUACACAAAGGUGCUGCCUGAAUUUGAAAGGAUUCUGCGCCAAGCGGGUGAUAGCACCAAGCUUUAUGUGAACUGCAUAUAUCACAGUCUGGCACCGCAUCAGGUGCUGAUCUUCGAGGAUCUCGUGGAGAUGGAUUAUUUUGUGCUGAGGGAUCGGGACGCCGCCCUGGACGAGAUACACCCCGUCUACUUCAAACUGGCCAAGUGGCAUGCAGCCAGCUUAAAAGUACAGGAAGAGCAACCAGAUUUUUUAGAGCCCUACACAUACGGACUUCUUGAAAUGCCACAUAUCCUGACGGAACCCUUUAUGAAAACUGGUAUGCACUUUUUCGUCGAACUUUUGAAAAUGGAGCCGGAACUCAAAAAGUACAAGUCAUAUUUUGAAAGCAUUAAGGGGGAUUUUCUGGAGCGACUUGUGAGAGAGUGGAAGGAAUUUCGCAACAACCCAAAAGUAGACCAAUAUAGGGUACUUUGUCACGGAGACUUGCACCUUCGAAAUAUUAUGUUCAAGUACAAAACUCCAGGAUUUUUUGAAGACUGUAUGCUGCUCGACUUUCAAAUCAGUCAUCUUUUUCCUCUGACAAUCGAUCUGGUGUAUUCGAUAUAUAUGCUUAUGGAGGCGGAACAUCGUUGGAAGCACUGCGAUGACCUUAUCAACUAUUAUUUUAUUGUUUUGGAGGAUGUUUUAAAAAAAAUCGGCUAUAAGGGUGAAAUGCCUAAGCAAUCAGGAAUUUGGGAGCGCCUGCAUCAGCACAAAUACUUUGAAUUUUUUCUCAUAAGCACUUUCCUGCCUUUGAUGUGGGCCCUGAGGGAUAAGUCUGUUGACUUUGGAGAUCUACUUCAGAAUGAGGAAAAGCGCAGGAGUUGCUCAUUUGCUGAGGGUUAUAUUAAAGAUGUGAAAAUAAUGCUGGCAAGAUUGGAUAAAUUAGGCUUACUCCAAGAUUAAAGCAUUUUAAACAUAUAUUUUGAUUUUAAAAGUAAAAUCUUUGAACAGAAACAGUACCAUAUGUGCAAUAUUUAGAUAAAUAAAAUCAAUUUAAAACAA